AUGAGUUCCAAAAGCGGCUCAUACCCGCCCCUCGAUCUGAGGGUUCUCAAGUCCCAAAACACCAAGAGGAUUUCAUACUACUAUGAUGAGGACGUAGCCAACCACUACUAUCGCGAAGAUCAUCCUAUGGAGCCACAACGAAUCAAGAUGACACACAGUCUUAUCAUGCACACCGGGAUAUACAAGAAACUAUCUAUUCUUCGUGCAAAGCCUGCGACUGCAGAUGAGAUGAAGAACUUCCAUGCCGACGAAUACGUCGACUUCUUGGAGAGAGUAACGCCAGAAACCGUGCUCCCACCCCCCGAAGAGUGUUUUGGCCUUGGUGAGAACGACUGUCCAGCUUUUGAAGAAGUCUUUAGAUUCAGCGCCAUCUCUGCUGCAGGAAGCUUGGAAGGAGCUGCGAAACUUGGUCUGAACAACUGCGAUAUUGCAAUCAACUGGGCUGGCGGACUUCAUCAUGCCAUGAAAUCACAAGCAUCUGGAUUUUGUUACAUUAAUGAUAUCGUGCUAGGUAUCUUGGAGCUGCUCCGCCACUAUCCGCGUGUUCUUUACAUUGACAUCGAUGUCCAUCACGGAGACGCAGUUGAAACCGCGUUUUUGACGACUGAUCGCGUCAUGACGGCCAGUUUUCACCAAUAUAGUCCCAGUGCUGGCUUUUUCCCUCAGACAGGGUCACUGAGUGAUGUUGGCCGCGGAGAAGGCCGGAACUUUUCAGUCAAUUUCCCUCUUAGUAAAGGCAUUGACGAUGCCUCUUACAAAGGAAUUUUUGAGCCAGUGAUUGAAGAAAUCAUGGCUCGUUUUUGCCCCUCAGUCAUUGUUCUUCAGUGUGGUGCGGACAGCCUCAACCAGGACAAGCUUGGCGGGCUCAAUCUGAGUAUGCGGGGCCAUGCAAACUGCAUUGAGUUUGUAAAACGGCUCUCUGUUCCGACCCUGGUGCUGGGUGGUGGCGGGUACACUAUCCGCAAUGUUGCCCGAACCUGGGCAUACGAAACAGGUGUUCUCGUGGGGACCGACCUUCAACCCUCAGAUCUUCCUGUGAACGAUGAAUAUUACGAAUACUAUGCGCCAGACUAUAAACUCGAUGUCUGUGCAGCAGCAGAUAAGAAGAACCAGAACACUGUUCGGGUUCUUGAACAAACUAAAAUCAGAAUCUUUGAGAACCUUCGAAACAUCGCCGGCCCCCCAUCUGUUCAGAUACAAGACGUCCCUCGGUCAUCGCUUGCUUUUUGGGUAGCUCCAGAGGCGGAGGACGCACGCAAGGACGCGGAUGAGGUUGACUAUCCUGAUGUCCGAUAUACUGUCUAUCGGCUCAAUCGUCAGGUUCAUAGGGGCGAGGAGCUGACUGAUAGCGAUGAUGAAGAUGGCAUCACAUAUGCCAUGUCUAGGCGUAGACAAAAAGACACUCCAACGAAAACUCCCCGUAACUAUCGCGAUGGCAAAGAUGUAGAGCAAGGUACAUAUGGAAGGGUCGCACUCAGGUCAGACACUCAAAGACUUGGAAUACUGGAACAAAUGAUACCAACGUCGGCUCUGCCGCCGAUAGUCCCACACGCGCAAAAGCGCGGCCUAGGGAUCCAGCAGAUGACCCCAGGUAUUGCCAUUGCAAGGACGAAGUUAGACUAG